CGGAGCCGCGGGCCGGAAACGAGUCACGCGGGCCGGAAGUGCGGCAGUACAGGGCGGGGUCGGCAGAUAACGGGACCGGAGGAGGGCGGAAGUACGAGGGAACCUCGGCAUGGAGAAUGAGCGCCGUCUUCUGUAAUCUCCGGCCUCACCGUUAGUAUGUCUGGAUCUAUAACAGAGAGGAGUCCAGUGUCCGCCCUCACCCUCAACCUCAUCUCUUCCCACAACGACCUUCUUUCCCCAAAGAGCCGCCAGAUUUAUGCCCACACUGACCUGCAGAGCGCCAUGGGGCUCGUCGGCACCGAGCUUGGCGGAGGUGCCCCAUCCGAACACACCAACCCUAAGUGGUUGAAGGAAGGGCAGAACCAGUUGCGCAAAGCAGCAGAACAUGAGAAAGAGGAUCAGAACUGCAACCCCGAUCCGGAACGUGGAAACAAAGACUGGACCAACUGGAACCAAGAGAAGAGCAACAAGCAGACCCACCUGGAGGAACUGGAAGUGUCGGCUCUAAACUGCGUCAAUCGCAGCAGCAGCAUCAUCAACAACACGCAACUGCUCAUCCAAGACGGAGAAGACGAGGACGACGAUCUGACGCCACCUCAGAGCGAGGUCACAGAUCCGGUCACCACAGAGACCUCCGAACAGAGCUCAGAGGUUCUGGAGAACGGCAAAGAGAUGACUGAUGGCCCCAGAGACACCGGGCGCAGUGCCAGCCUCCUGUUUGGAAUGAGGAACACGGCUGGCAGUGAUGAGGACUCCAGCUGGGCGACUCUGUCUCAGGGAAGUCCAUCUUACGGCUCCCCAGAUGACACAGAUUGUUUUUGGCCAAGGAACGCCAUGGACACAGACUCUGACCUUCCCUCCGGGUGGGUGAGGGUACAGGACACUUCUGGAACAUACUACUGGCAUGUACCCACCGGGACCACACAGUGGGAGCCACCAUCCGACCUCAACGGGGAGCCUAGGCUGUAUUCUCCCACCACUGACCUCACCCCAACAGAGGAGGAGAUGUCACAGGAGCAGAUGUCAGAUUACAGCCACAAUGACACCGAGGAGGUGACCUUCCACAUCAAUGAGCUGAGUCUCAGUUCUGCCGAGCCGGGAGAAGAACGGGAGCCUGUACAGGGAUCGGAGCCUGAGCCACAGAACUUUUCUGUGCGUUCUCUCGGUUGGGUGGAAAUGACAGAGGAGGAUUUGGCUCCUGGAAGAAGCAGCGUCGCUGUAAACAGUUGCAUCAGACAGUUGUCACUCCACAACCAGAGCCUGACUCAGGGGAAAGACAUGCUGCUGGUCUUGGAUGAGGAUUCUCUGAAGCUCUAUGACUCCACAGGAGAGACCCUGCUCCACUCCCAGCCUAUUGUCAGCAUCCGAGUGUGGGGUGUGGGACGGGAUGACGGGAGAGAGAGGGACUUUGCCUAUGUCGCCAGGGACAAACUGACACAGCUACUGAAAUGUCACGUGUUCCGAUGUGAGGUCCCCGCCAAGGCCAUUGCCACCGGUCUUCAUGGGGUCUGCUCCCAUAUUAUGGCUGAGAGGCGCAAUACACGCUCACUGGUGGAUGGACUUUUCAUGGACCAUUCGAGAAUGGUGGACAUUCCUUUCCAAGUUGAAUUUCCGGCCCCAAAGAAUGAACAGGUACAGGGCUUCCAGGUGUACUAUCUGGGCAAUGUUCACGUCACCAGGCCCGCGGGGAUGGAUGUGAUAAACAACAACCUGCAGACAGCGGUGAGCACAGGUAGAGCCACCUGGGUCCCUGUCAUCGUGAACGUGGCAUCAGCAACUGUUACCGUCUUACAUCAACAGAGUGAGGAAACGAUCACCGAGUGCCGCGUUCGCUUCCUGUCUUUUAUGGGUGUCGGACGUGACGUUCACACAUUCGCCUUCAUCAUGGCGGAGGCUUCGGGAAUAUUUGUGUGCCACAUGUUCUGGUGUGAACCCAAUGCAGCUCACCUGUCGGAGGCGGUACAGGCUGCCUGCAUGCUCCGCUAUCAGAAGUGCUUGGACGCGCGGCCUCAGAGCUCCUCCUGCCUACCUACUCCUCCCGCUGACUCCGUGGCUCGUCGAGUGGGCACCUCUGUGCGCCGAGGGGUGCAGACACUACUUGGUUCCUUCAAAAACAAGCGCCCCGGUGGGCAGACACCAUGACCUCCCUCCCCAUCCAAUCUUAUAACCCUUGAGUUCACCAUCCUCGUCCCUUGUCCUGCGCGCUCUCUGCCUGUUAACGUCCUUUAUUAACUCCGCAGGCCCCGAGGUGCAGCACAUCCAUAACCAGUCUUAUGUUCCACUGGAAGGGCAGGAAGACACUUCAGGAGUCGGGUUAUCUCUAGUCAUGGAACCCUCAGAGGCCUUAUCGAUAGCAAUAAGGCACCAGGAAGCUGUUUAGGAGGGGGGGGGUGGGGGGGUGAUCGGUGUCCUUGGCAGCCCCUCCUCCCACUUUGCACAGCUGUGUAACGAGUGCGUGUGUAUGUGUGGCGUAGCGUCUUACUAGUCUCCGUCUUAUGUUGGCUGAUUAUUUCCAAAAAGUUUUAGAGUACAUAAAUAUCAUCUUGGGGGGGCUCUGGUUAUUGACAUCAGGGUGUCAUGUGUCACUUCUUCAGCGACAUUGGCGCUCUCACGCUACACGUUCUUAAGCGGUCUUCCUGGUACCGACUUUCCUGAGGGACUCCUGCUGGCCUACUGGCAAAUCCUGCUGCAGUUGUGGGGGUCUGGUCUCUCUCUCUUCUUACUCACCUUCCUGGAAUAUUUGCUGUCCUUCAACUCAUUAUAUUGUGUAUAGUAUGCAGGUCACGUGACGCCAAAAGCGUAGCGAUGUUUGCGAUACAUUUCCUCUGAUCUGGUCUUAUUAUGACCUCACAGAAUUGGCAAUAUCUAUAGGGGGUCUCCUAUACCCGCUUUAAAGGAUCCCCUCUAAAUUCGUCCAAUUAUUUAUUGCAUCGUUACAACAGCCGUUUUGAUCAAAUACACAAUCUAAUCAAUUGCAGUAUCCAAAUUAUCUGUCGUAAGACGUGCUUUGUAUGGUUUGCAAACAUCCAUAGUCACGUGACAUUAAGGAAAAAAAAAAACAAUGGGUGACCCAUGUGGCCAGCAUUAGUCCCUCCUCUCUCUCCCCCAUGCCCCCCCUCCUCAUGCCACCAGUGGGCGUGACAUGACAUAUGUGUCGGUGCGCACGGCAUGUCUCCUGCUGACUAAACACACCGGACCAUAUAGCUGCUAUGCCAUGUGCUGAUAACACUAAACGUAUAUUAUAACCCCCCCCCCCGCC